GUCUCGACUGUUCGAGCUUCUCUUCCAACCAACCUCUGUGCGUGCUUCCUCCAGAGGAGCAGGUUGCCCCUAAGGGCAGCCUGGCCUCUCACUUCUCUGCCUGUCCCCGAGGGACGUCGCCCACAUGGCUACCUCUGUGAACUUUAAAACCUAUGUGGAUCAAGCUUGCAGAGCUGCUGAAGAAUUUGCAAAUAUUUACUAUGAAACCAUGGAUAAAAGGAGACGGCUUGAUCCUCUAUAUGUUUACUCAAAAAUAUGUUCAGUGGGAGGUUUACUCUGUGGGAAUGUCUGUAAAGGACUGCAUCCAAAGGCUACAAUCCCAUACCACUUGCCUGUGUUGACCAAACUCUACCUGGACAAAGCGACCCUGGUUUGGAACGGGAAUGCAGUAUCUGGGCAAGCAGCACUUGCAGAAUUCUUUGAAAUGUUGCCUUCAAGUGAUUUUCAAGUUACCACAUUUGAUUGCCAGCCUGUUCAUGAGCAAGCCACUCAGAACCAUAACACCAUCCUUGUUGUGACAUGUGGGUCUGUCAAAUUUGAUGGGAGCAAGCAGCAGUACUUCAAUCAGAACUUCUUGCUAACAGCACAAACCACAAACAACAACACAGUGUGGAAGAUUGCGAGUGACUGCUUCCGCUUCCAGGACUGCCCUAAUUAGCGGGGAGCAGCAGUUGGCUACACUUCCUCUGGACAAGAUAAUUGGCAUUCAGGAUGGUCGUACUCUGGAUGUGAGAAAGUACCUCCUCUUUGAAAGAAACUUCCUCUUGCCAGGAAUUACCAACUUCAGAACAGCAAAAAUCAAACUUACUUAUUUAAGAAUGCUGUCUGUGGCUUCAGUAUCAACAUAGGAAUAUCAAUAUAGGAAAAAUAUAGGAAAACUGUUAUGGUUUAUUUGCAUUGUUGACUCAUUCAUACACAUUGUAUACAAGCACUAUCUGUCACAAGUUGCAUUUGUUUUGGUGAGAAAUUAAAUAGCUGUAACAGCAAGGUGAGGAUGCAGUUCCUGACUAACUUGAAGUCUUCCCUAGAAUCUGAAAAUGUUGGUGCAAAUAAGUACA